AUGUCUAAUGAGUUAAUCGCGAGGCAAGCCGUGAUUUUGGAGGAGAUUAAACGGAUACAGGGGAAUUUCAAGAAGGACUCCGCGAAAGAGCAUGACAAAAGCCAUCAAUAUUUUACUGAGAAUAUCUUCAACGUAAUUUCGACGUGGUACGAGGGAACUCAGAAGGCCCUGCAGGCUAGCAACGUGCCCGCAACGUUGACUACGGAGACGGGAGUUGGUGACGUGAAGAAGACCGGCGUCGAAGAGGGGGUGUCAGCCGCGGACAAGGAUAGUCAAGAGGGGACGGCGGCAGACAUUAUUUUUGACACUAAGAAGUUUCUCGGAGAUGACACGAAGUUGAUGGAACAUAAGCAGCUUCAAAAUGCAAAUUUCAGAGCUCUAAAAAGAUACGUGGAAACUGAACAGUUCCCACUGAGCAGUUCAGUCUUCGAGCAAGGUUUCGAAGGUGACUUCUUUGCAGGUGACAUCCUAAACGGCCAGCGGCUGAUCGAGUUCCGGCUGGGCCAGGAGGAGCGAGACGGCGACAGUCUCUCCGUCGCAUCAGCCGAGCUGCUCGUGCUGGCGGAGGCCGGUCAGCGGGCCCAGUACACGCUGUGGGCGUUCACCGUGAGCGGGAACGGCAGCGUGGGCGAGCUGGCGGGCGUGGCGAGGCUCAAGGGCGGCUGGCAGCGGCUGGACGUCACGGCAGCCGCGAGGCGCUGGGCAGCUAAAGGCGCGCACCAGCCGCUCAGGCUACUGCUUGACUGCACUGGUGGCUGCACAGGGCGCGUGCGGCUGCGGCUUGGCGGCGGGCAGGCGGCGCGGCCGCUUCUCCGCUUGCGCCUAUCGCCGCCGCCGCCGCGCCGUCGCCGCGCGCUCGACUGCGACGCUAACUCGCACGGCCGGUGCUGCCGGCAGACAUACUACGUCAGCUUUCGAGCGCUUGGCUGGGACGACUGGAUCGUCGCGCCGGAGGGCUAUUACGCGAACUAUUGCCGUGGCGCUUGCGCUCCCUUCCUUAACUACCACUCGCAGGUGGUGGAAGCAGCGCGACUAGAGCGCGCGGCGUGCUGCGCGCCGGUGCGCUUCUCCGCGCUCUCGCUCAUCUACUUCGGCGCAGACUCCAACAUCGUCAAGCGCGACCUUCCCGAGAUGGUCGUGGAGGAGUGCGACUGCCCGUAGCCACCAACACUAUGGUGUAACUGUGUGUGUUGGCGUGUGUACAUAGUAGCGUCGCCACCGCCCGCUCCGCACCCGCGUCCGCGCCCGCGUCCGCUCGCGCUUCUGCCGCUCUCGAUCAGUACCCGACUCGAUUAUAAAUAAUAUUCUCGACAUGUGUAAUAUUUUGUUCCUCGCGUUCGAAAGACUAUAUCCUAAACAAAUAAAUUAAUGGACGUCUACUCGAAUCGCUGGUUACAUCGCGGGUGAUGUAUUUAGGAAAUCUAUAAUAAUAUAAUCUCUUUUGAAAAGCAAAUGAUCUAACUACCUAUAAUAAUUAUAGAAGAUUAAGUAUUUGCUUUAUCAAGCGAUAUAUAGCCGUUCAAACAAUUUUGUCACAAUAAACAGGCGCAAAAAUCAAACUUUCUAUGGGACGAUAGACAUUCGCGCCUACAUUUUUUAAAUUUGCCGCUGUUUUUAGUGACGGAAAGGACUAGACAGGCUAUAUAUUAAUAUAGAUUAUCUGAAUAAAAGUCCUUGCGUUUGCACGUUACGCUUUUCUAUCAUGUUACAUAGCUUCCCUAUACAAAUACCUACCGUUAAGACAAAUAGGCUUUCCGCGUGCAAUCGCAUCGGCGACGCGGUGCGACGCGACGCGACGCGCCGCGCGCCCGCGACGUUCCGAGCGCGUGUGUAGACGCCCUAAAUAAUUUAAUACGCCGUUUUCUUUCACCGUUUUGGUGAUCGCUUGUAAUUAUUGUAAACUGUAUUAUAAUAAUUAUUAUAAUUAUAAUAAUAAAUCAACUUUUUCA